GUCUUGCACAGGUGUACCGGCUCCUCCCCUUUAGUCUUGCACAGGUGUACCCGCUCCUCCCCUUCAGUCUUGCACAGGUGUACCGGCUCCUCCCCUUCAGUCUUGCACAGGUGUACCGGCUCCUCCCCUCCAGUCUUGCACAGGUGUACCGGCUCCUCCCCUUCAGUCUUGCACAGAUGUACCGGCUCCUCCCCUUCAGUCUUGCACAGGUGUACUGGCUCCUCCCCUUUAGUCUUGCACAGGUGUACCGGCUCCUCCCCUUCAGUCUUGCACAGGUGUACCGGCUCCUCUCCUUCAGUCUUGUACAGGUGUACUGGCUCCUCCCCUUUAGUCUUGCACAGGUGUACCUUCUCCUCCCCUUCAGUCUUGCACAGGUGUACUGGCUCCUCCCCUUCAGUCUUGCACAGGUGUACCGGCUCCUCCCCUUCAGUCUUGCACAGGUGUAUCAGCUCCUCCCCUUCAGUCUUGCACAGGUGUACCAGCUCCUCCCCUUCAGUCUUGCACAGGUGUACUGGCUCCUCCCCUUCAGUCUUGCACAGGUGUACGGGCUCCUCCCCUUCAGUCUUGCACAUGUGUAAGGUCUCCUCCCCUUCAGUCUUGCACAGGUGUACUGGCUCCUCCCCUUCAGUCUUACACAGGUGUACUGGCUCCUCCUCUUCAGUCUUGCACAGGUGUACCGGCUCCUCCCCUUCAGUC